CCUCUCUCUCUCUCUCUCUCUCUCUCUCUCUCUCAACGCCAUUUCUUCCUUUGAUUCGUGAAGGAAAAGAAAAGAAGAAUGGCAGGAGCAACGAACAUUGGAAUGAUGGAUUCGGCAUACUUUGUAGGCAGAACGGAGAUCCUUGCAUGGAUCAACUCCACUCUCCACCUCAAUCUCUCCAAAGUUGAAGAAGCUGCUUCAGGAGCGAUUCAGUGCCAGCUAAUGGAUGCUGUCCAUCCUGGGAUUGUACCGAUGCAUAAGGUCAACUUCGAUGCCAAAAAUGAGUAUGAGAUGAUCCAGAAUUACAAAGUCCUUCAAGACGUCUUCAAUAAACUCAAGAUUACAAAGCAUAUUGAGGUGAACAAGCUGGUGAAAGGAAGGCCUCUUGAUAAUCUGGAGUUUAUGCAGUGGAUGAAGAGAUAUUGUGAUUCUGUCAAUGGCAGCCUUUUGAACACUUACAAUCCCUUGGAAAGAAGAGAGACUUGCAAAGGAGGAAAAGAGACAAGCAAGAGAACUGCACCUGUGCAAGCUUCAACCAAGUCCUCAAAUGCUGCAGCAAAAGCCCAUUCAUCAAACAAUCCACGAAAGAAUGAAAUUAACACUGCCAAUCCUGCAAAUCCGUCAGUUAAGAACGCAAGACCUGCUUCUAGUGGAGGACAUGCCUAUGACGAGCAGAUCACUGAGCUGAAGCUAUCUGUGGAUAGCCUUGAGAAGGAGAGGGACUUCUACUUCGCAAAGCUGAGGGAUAUUGAAAUCUUGUGCCAAUCACCUGAUAUAGAGCAGUUGCCCAUAGUUGUUGCAAUACAGAGGAUAUUGUAUGCCACAGACGACAAUCCCUCUGUGGUGGCAGAAGCCCAGGCAAUGGUCUCAAAGCACCAAAAGCAAGAACAGCGAAUAAGUCCUAUAUCUGAUAUAGUUGAUGACAAACCGAAGCUUGAAACACAGAAGAGAAAGAACAUGUCAACUCUUGAGUUUGAUAUGGCUGCCAAUUCUACGUUGUCGCCAAGACAAAGGCUCUCAGAUGUCUCGGAUGUUCAUCACAAUGGAUCACCUCUAACUACUUACUGAUCUUCCGUCAUCGAGGAUGACAAGGAGGGUUUGGUUUCAUCAGGUAUCUCUGAGGGCUGCUGGAUUUUACUGAGUCCUGCUGCUUUUGAUAUUAUGGUGGGUCAGGCAUGUGAGGAAGAUCUGUCAGGAUGGUCUGACAUAAUUUUAGUAGCAUAGAAACAUUUGAAUACGACACAGGUUCAAGUGUAACUGCAUAUCCUUCCCUUGUUGUUUGUUGGAAUGUAGAUGCUUAGGAUUCAAUGUAGAACAACCUAGUUGCUCAAUGUUUGAGCUUCAUACUGAAUUUUCUCUUACGAACAUGUACUAUGGAGUGCCCAAAGUUGUUUAUUCUAUUUUUUUUUUUUUU